AUGGGUACAGUGUAUUUCGACAUCGGUGACUACUCGAAAGCACUUGAAUUUUACGAAAAAUCACUUAAAAUAAGAGAAAAAGCUCUGCCUCCAAAUCAUCCGGAUUUGGCUAUUUCCUACAACAACAUCGGUCUAGUGUAUAAGAACAUGGGCGACUACUCGAAAGCAGUUGAACUUUACGAAAAAUCACAUCAAAUCCUUGAAAAAGCUCUGCCUCCAAACCAUCCACAUUUGGCUACUUCCUACAACAACACCGGUGGAGUGUAUAACGCGAUGGGUGACUACUCGAAAGCACUUGAAUUUUACGAAAAAUCACAUAAAAUCUACGGAAAAGCUCUCCCUCCGAGUCAUCCCGAUUUGACCCUAUCCUACAACAAUAUGGGUCAAGUGUAUAAGAACAUGGGAGACUACUCGAAAGCACUUGAAGUUUACGAAAAAUCACAUAAAAUACGAGAAAAAGCUCUGCCUCCGAAUCAUCCCGAUAUGGCUACUUCCUACAAUAACAUGGGUACUGUGUAUUUCGACAUGGGUGACUACUCGAAAGCACUUGAAUUUUUUCGGAAAAUCCCAUGA